CUGAACAGAACACAACAUUGGAGUCUUUGCAAACUUUGUUCAAAAACUACAACUAUUUGACACAAAACUGCGACAGCAAGCACAGAAACUUCAAACAAGUCACUGAAAGAAACCAAAUCCUGCGUGGAUCUUUGUCCUGACAGACGCCUAAAAUGGCUCAAGCUGUGGGAAAACCAAAUCUUAAGAGGUUCAACUCACAUGUCAGCAGUGACAGCAAGUACUGCUUCCAGGAUGUGGGGAUCUUACUGCCUCCUAAAUGUUUUAGGCUGAUGACGUGUGAUCUUCCCCUGCCUCCAAGUCCUCUAUCAUCCCCUGUGAAUGAUGAAAACACUAAUCCAAAUUGUAUCAGCGCACUGCCUUAUGAUGUUCCAUUGCCUCCAAGUCUUCCACCUUCUGAACAGGAGUAUGCUUGCCUUUGUUCCCUUGAACACAAGAGGUCUUAUUUGAUGCCUCUCAGUGUCCUGGCUAAUAUUCUGCUGCCUCCAAGUCCUCCACCAUCCCCUGUGUGUGCUGAAUACACGGAUCCAAAGUGUGUAAGCCCUCUGCCUCAUGAGGUUCUGCUGCCUCCAAGUCCUCCACCUGUUGAAGCUUUUGAUCGAUGUGGAAAGAAUCCAAGUUCAACAGUGUGGUCUGUAGGUGAUGAAGAGGAAGAUUUAAUGCUUAAGCUCAUUAGGCUGACGCUUCAUGAUGUUCCAGUGCCUCCAAGUCGUCCACCUUCUGAAAAGAAGUAUGCUUCCCUUCAUUCUCUAAAACACAAGAGGUCUGAUUUGUUGCCUCUCAGCCUCCUGGCUAAUAUUCCACUGCCUCCAAGUCCUCCACCGUCCCCUGUGUGUGCUGAAUACACGGAUCCAAAGUGUAUCAGCCCACUGCCACAUGAGGUUCCACUGCCUCCAACUCCUCCACCAUCCCCUGGGUGUGCUGAAUACACGGAUCCAAAGUGUGUCAGUCCACUGCCACAUGAGGUUCCACUGCCUCAAAGUCCUCCACCAGCUGAUGCCCGGCCUCAGUCAAAGGACACUCAUAAGGUCCUGCAUCCAGAUCUAAAAUAUGAUUGUUCUUCCCUGGACGAUGAAGUGGCCUUUUUCAUGUCUCCCACAGAAAAGCCUCCUAGUGUAACCACUCAUGAGGUUUCACCACGUCCACCUUAUGAAUUGCCACACCUUCCAGAGAAGAGAUACCUCAGUUUAUCUACUGUUGCUUUUCCUUGUCUUGAUGAUUAA